AUGUCGGAGUAUAUAAGCCAGGUUUGCAUGGAAUGUAUUCAGGUUCUGAGCACUGUUCCACCUUCUGUGUUUCUUGUGUCUCUGGCUGCUUGUGUCCUCGGAGUCAUUGCGCUUGUUUAUAUCAUCCUCUUUGCAGUUGCUUUCCGACCUCGAACACCGUUCCCCGAAGAAAAGACGUAUCGCACCUUAUCCGAAGAUGGCACCCCGACUCGCCCCCAGCAAUUACCAUGCUGGCAGGACAGCUGGGAACGCGAGCGCCAGAAUACACCAAGCAAGCGCGCAGUGUUGGACAUUGAGAAGCCGGAACUGUUCAUGUCGGUCGUGGUUCCCGCGUACAACGAAGAGGACCGGUUGAUUGGCAUGCUGGAGGAGACGGUGGACUACCUGGAACAUGCGUACGGCACCUUAGCCGAUCAAGUCAGCAACGAACAAGAAAAAGGGAAAAAGAGCAAGAACGGCAGUGUUCGACAACGUAGGACAGGAAAUGGCCAUGUCUCGGAUGACGAUGCCUCAAAGGGCUGGGAGAUUCUACUUGUUUCGGACGGUUCUACAGAUAGAACUGAAGAGGUUGCAUUUGAAUUUUCCCGGGACCACCAGCUAUCUCUACACCCUCGAGCUCAUACGGGACCUUGGUCGUCAGAAAAACCUGAGGGAGUACAUAUACCUCCUGGAAGUAUUCGAAUUGUCACAUUGACCCGAAACCGAGGCAAAGGUGGUGCCGUCACACAUGGAAUGCGACACGUUAGGGGAAAAUAUGUUGUUUUUGCAGAUGCCGAUGGUGCCAGCAAGUUCUCCGAUCUCGGGAAGCUGGUGAGUGCUGCUCGGAAAGUAGAAGACUCUGAAGGGCGAGCGGUGGCCGUUGGUUCGCGAGCACACAUGGUGGGCAGCGAAGCUGUCGUAAAGCGCUCCAAACUCCGCAACUUCCUGAUGCAUUCCUUCCACCUCAUCCUCUGGCUCCUGACUCCUCCCGCCACCGCACAAGUAAAAGAUACCCAAUGCGGCUUCAAACUGUUCUCGCGGCCCUCACUCCCCUACAUCAUUCCUUAUAUGCACUCCGAAGGCUGGAUCUUCGACGUUGAGAUGCUGAUGUUGGCCGAGUUUGCGAAGAUUCCUGUUGCUGAAGUGCCUGUAGGCUGGCGCGAAGUCAAGGGCAGCAAACUGAAUGUUGUCUGGGAUAGUAUAGGUAUGGCUUGGGGGUUGUUUAUAUUGCGAGCGUCAUGGGGGAUGGGGGUUUAUCGCCGAACAUGA